AUGUGUCACGCUGUUGAUUGUUCUUCUGUCAUUCGAGAAAAUCCAGGAUUUUAAUUCGCCAGCCUUCGCCAUAUUUAUAUUAGGAAUCCUAGAUUUGUGUUUUUUACAUUGUGGCAAAAAGUGUCAAACGUUUUAUUUUGUGUAACUAGUGUACAGUUUUUCAACUCGCAAAAAAAUGGAAGACCAAAGUGGAAGCUCUGGGCCUAGAGUAAGCGACAAACGUUUGGCUCAAACUCAAGCUAAAGUCGAUGAAGUGGUUGGCAUUAUGCGCGUUAAUGUCGAGAAAGUAUUGGAGAGGGACCAAAAGUUGUCAGAACUGGACAACCGAGCUGAUGCCUUACAGCACGGGGCAGCGCAGUUUGAGCAACAGGCUGGAAAACUGAAACGAAAGUAUUGGUGGCAGAAUCUGAAAAUGAUGCUUAUUAUCGGGGCUAUUGGGGCAGUUCUACUUAUCAUAAUCAUUGUGUGGGCAACAUCCGGGUCAGGCGGUGGCUCUAGCCCUGCUCCUGCUCCGCCUGCUGUCACUGAAACUCCAAAUUCUGGACGAUAGUCAUCAAAAUAACGUUUCAAACUUUGAUAUGGAAACAUUUAUGCUGCUCUUUAUAAAAUAACGCAAGUUUAGACAAACUCAAUGCGACUGAACAGUAUGUAUGAAAUCUAUAUUUUGUAUAUUCAACGAUUAACCAACGCACAC